AGUUCUUCUUCUCACAAUCUGUUUCGCGAACACUCUCUGUCCUCUCAUCUUCAGAUUCAGUGAGCAAUGGCCGAUCCACUUUCGAUCACGACUGCUUGUAUCACAUUAAUUGGCGCAAUUGGGAAAACGGCACAGGCUGUAACUAACUUCGUUCGAACAUGUCGCGAUGCGCGAGAAGAUCUCGCCGCCGUCAGCAGAGAGCUUUCCGACCUGCGCAUCGUGCUCGAGCUUCUCAUCGACGAUGCCGCCACCAAGGCCUCCUUGCCCGCUGCCUUCGAAGAACACGUAUUGGCCCUUGUUGGGAAUUGUUUGGGUGUGACAACGGAGAUCGCAGGAGAACUCGAGAAUAAUGAUGGCCGAACUGGGCCAGCGCGGUGGGCGAUUGGAGGCAAGGCGACCGUCAAUCAGCUGAAAACGAUGCUCGAGACGCACAAGGGCUCGUUGAACUUGGCUCUCGAGUUAGCGAACCUUGUAUCUUCUAAAGCGAUCAAGGAUGAUACCGUCGUCAUUCGCAACGAUGCGGGUCUGAUCAAAGAAGACACAACAAACCUCUUGCGACAAGUUUCCGAUGUCACUCUUCAAAUAGCGAGGAUUCGCAAAGCUGUGGGAGCCAAUCGGCAGAUCAAUGUAGCCAACAGCGAUACCAUUGACCUCUGGUUGGAAUCCCUCACAUCCUACGCAGAAAGCGUUUGUGGCGAUUUGCUACAAGAUUUGCCGCCAAAUGCCCAUGAUCUGAUGCUGCUUCCAGAGACUGAAUCAGUAGGCGGUGGAAUCGUCAUGCACAACAACACCAUUGGAGACAUCGGGCCGAUGAAAGUUACCAGGAUACACCAACUCACGUACAGCAACAGUAUACACUACAUCAGAUCGAAGGGGCAUCAUGUCGUCGGCAUGGAUGGAGUUUCCAACGUAGUUAUAUGGGAUGCAAGGACCGGAAAGCAGUUGGGCACUCUCGAUACCAAAAAAUCCCAUUCGUGGGAUAUUUACAAAAUCAAAACAGCGUCCAUCUGCGGCCAUGAUUCGGAAUACGUCAUACUUCAUCAGCACAAAGUAGGCGCCUCUCUGUGGGACUGGAAAAGGAGUAAGCGAGUUCUGGACGUAUACCUGCCUUACCAGGACUGGAUCACGCUCCACCCAGUGCAUCUUGACCGGAAAAGACUUGUCAUGUUCUGGCAUGACAAACACUCUAUGUGGAAGUCAGAAAAGCCGAAGUGGAAGCACGAAAAGCUGGCCGAGAUUCCUGGGCCAGCAGAAAUCAGCCGGAUUGGAAUAUGGGGUAACGUCGCCGUCGCGCUGCUGAAGGACGGCAACGCAAUCUGCUUGGAGACAUUGACGGGCUCCGUCAAGGCCAAGAAUUCGAUCCUUCGACUCGGACAAGAGGAUAAGUGCGACAACUUGGCGAUUGGCCUCAUCCUUAUUCGGCAACCAGAUAAUGGACAUCGUGUAUUAUUCUGGAUCCCAGACGUGCCCAAUGGGUCUGUCAUGGUCAUUGCUUGGGACAUCGAGAAAGAUAGGGUCACUCACUCUGAAUAUGGUGGUUACGUGAAACAAGAACAUGAGAAGCAGACGGAGAUAUCAUAACCCCUUCCCGCACAAGAAAGAACUGGAGGUAGUCAAGGAGGUGUGGUAUGGUUUAUUCGGUCGCAAGCACCUGAAGGUUCCUAUUAAUUUGGGACGGCAAGCCACCGUCAGUCACUUCGAAGGAAAGUACAAAGUUGCCGUCAGAGCUCCAGGAGGAGGUGUAGAGGUGUGGGAAUGGGAACUGGAUGAGGGAUUCCUUGAACAACAGCCGGGCCAGACGAGUACGAUAACGAGGUCGAUUGGCAGUUCGACAUUGACGGCUGGUUCAUGAUCUUUGGUGGACUUGUAGAUGCAACUUCAGAGUCUUAACAAUUUCCGUACAUCAAGUAGGCAAGAGGAAGCAUUAUCACGUAUUGAUGUGCCAAGGCAGGGAAAUAUAACGCCUUGUCGACCGCG